AUGGCCACCGCUGGGCAAACCGCAACCCUCCUCUCCUCCCCUGCAACCUCGUCACCACAGCAAACACAUACUGCCUUGCCAGCAGCUCCCCGGGCUCUCCGACAUCCCACUCGCAAGGCUUCAGGCAUAAGCAAGAUCGUGACGGCCUCGACGCCCAACUUGAGCAGCCUCUUCUCGGCGCAUUCCAAACUCGCUUCGCUGCCCGGCUCCCUGCAGCGCAAGGCCUCUCAAGCCACCCUGACGCCGACCUCUCUCGCCACCGUCCCAGAUGCUACCGAGAGCUACCCACUCGCCUCCUUGAACGGCUCGCCUCCGCGCAAAGACAAGAUGCCUCUUACUCCCAGGGCAGGCGCCCCAGCCGCUGCUGGCGACGACCUUGCUCUGGGGGACGAAGUGGAUGUGCCUGGCAACAUGUGCGGCACGGUUCGCUUCGUCGGCACUGUCGAGGGCAAGAAAGGCAUAUUUGCCGGCGUCGAGCUGCAUUCUGACUUUGCGUCACGCGGCAAGAACAAUGGCGACGUGGACGGCGUGUCUUAUUUUGCUACCAGCGUACCUGGCGCCGGUAUUUUCCUCCCACUGAACAAGGCCGUGAGGCGCGAACCCUCGUCAGCCUCCGCGUCGAUCUCAUUCCCGAAGACUCCUGUCUCUGCUGCGACUGGCUUGAAGGCCGGCACACAGAAUUCUACCAACUUUACACCACCUACGCCUUCGUUACCACAAUUUUCCAAAUCAGUCGGUCCUGCACGCGCAGCCAGCCCUUUGGGAAAGAAAUCGAGGCCUUCACUGCCGCGCCCAGAGUCGCCAACACGAAAGCUACAGAUGACACCAGCGGCGCGGCCUAGCAUCGCGACACCUGGCAAACCUACCCCUCGAUAUGGCAGUCCGACGCAAACAAAAUUCUCCAAGAGCGUACACAGCGGUGCGGCGCCAAGCGAUCCGCCCAAGAGAGGAAUGCUACAGCCGAGUCGCAAUUUCAGUAUGGGACCGCGGAGUUCAUCUGCGCUUUCGGGGCCGACUGCAGGCUUCACCACGGAUGAAGAGUCGACACCGAUUGGAAACGGAAGGGCAUCAGCCCUCAGGCACAGGGCUCCAUCGCGGCAGACCAGCGGCCAUGAUGAGGAAAUUGAGCGGUUACGUGCUGAGUUGGAGGAUCGCGAUAGACAACUCAGGGAACAGUCGGCAACAUUAGCAGACAUGGAACAAAGCCUCACGGAGGUGCAGAGUCUAAUGGAGCAGGCCGAAAUGCCUCCACCCCCGAGUCGGAAGGACAGCCUGGGCGACAAAGAAACAGGGGAGCUGCGAGCGCUGGUUCGGGAAAAGAAUGAUAAGAUCGCAAUGCUCACGUCCGAAUUUGACUCUCACAGGGCCGACUUCAGAAGCACUAUCGACACAUUGGAGCUGGCAAGCGCAGAGACGGAAAGGGUCUACGAGAAGCGAAUAGAGGAGCUGAUGCAGGACAUACAACAAAUCCAAGAGCGGAAUAGUGAUGUUGAUGUGGUUGCGACACAGUUAAAGCAGUUGGAGGAACUCGUUCAGGAACUUGAAGAAGGUCUUGAGGAUGCCAGGAGAGGAGAGGCCGAGGCCCGUGGCGAGGUGGAGUUCCUGAGGGGUGAAGUCGAGAGGACGCGGACAGAGCUCAGGAGAGAAAGAGAGAAGGCGGCCGGCGCACCCAACGGCACAGCUGGUCAAUCGAACGGAGACAACUCAGCGCUUUUCAAACAAUUGGAGCAAAAGGAGGACGAGAUUCGGGGCCUCAAAGCAAUCAUUCACUCUCUCGGUAGAGACUCACUACCAGAUGGAGCCGAUAGGCCGCAGCCUCAUAGGUCUGCAUCACACGAUUCCCGGACCAAUGUAGACGACCGCAUCGCGCGCGAGAAGCUUGAGCGCCAAGUAGCGGAACUCCGAGCCGCCCUGGACGAUAAGACGAGCAAGGAGGAGGACAUGGAGCACGAGAUCGAGGCCCUUAGAAGGGGCAGCGCCGCGACCGUGCGCGGUAAUGGAACCAUGGCGCAGCGCUCAUCUGCCCGUGACUCCCGCGACACGGUCGUCCUGGCUCAGGAGCUCGAGCACCGCUCGCCGGAGCAGCAGCAGCAGCAGCCUGGGCAGAGGCGGUCGCAUCAACGAGCCCAUACGUUGGACACAAUGGCCGAGAGCGAUGCCCUGUCAUCAGUCACGGAGAACAGCACACUCUGGUGCGAGCUGUGCGAGACUUCUGGUCAUGACAUCCUGACCUGCACGAAUAUGUUCGGCAACCAGCCCGCUGCAGCUGAGCCUUUGCCGACGCCCAAAGUCCAGGAUCAAGGGGCCCUGGCACCACCCCAGACACACGAGCAUGAUGAGUACAAGGUGGCCCCUCUGUCGCCCCAUUUACCGGCUGCAGCCGAGCCUGCCGGGCGUGUAUCCGAGCCCGUCAAGAUGAUCCCGAAUCUGAACGAUCCGGGUCCAGUAGCUGGCAAGGAAUCUGGCAUUAUUGACGCGGAGGCGUGGUGCGCGCUAUGUGAGAAGGAUGGGCAUAAUAGCGUGGAUUGUCCGUUUGAGGAUGCCAUAUAA